AUGUCUCGCACCGCCAUACCACGUGCUGCACUACGCCUUAGCUCAAGAAGCCCGUUAUGCACAUCUUCGAGGUCAAUUGAGGCGCCGAGCCGCAGUCUGCCUAUAUUGCGCCCAACACCACAAUGCUCGUCACACGCCAUCCGAAGCUUCUCCGUAAGCACACAACUACAGAAGAAGGCCGGUAAAGCGAAUAAGGCCCACGCGCGAACCGACUCCGCACCUCCCGUCAGCAACCCGGGCCCAUUGACGCCUACCGACGAAGCAUACGAUGUCUCAGGCCUGGAGGCACAGAUCCUCAAGGCUCUGGAGAAGCUUACACACGAUCUUAGUCAGUUGCGCAGUGGAGGAAAGACGAACCCCGAAAUCGUGGAGAACUUGAAAGUGCAAUUGGGCACGGCAGGAAACAAAGAGACCGUGAGACUGGGAGAUAUCGCGCAGGUUGUUCCCAGAGGGAGAAUGUUCAAUGUCAUCUGCGGGGAAGACACGCACGUCAAGCAUGUCACCAGCGCCAUCGCCGCCUCUCCACACUCGCUCACACCCCUCACACCCGAACCCUCCAAUCCUCUCACCAUCCAAGUCCCGCUCCCACCACCGACAGGAGAGUCGCGUCGCGCAGCCGUCGAGUCGGCCGUCAAAGCUUCUGAGCGAGCAGACAAGCUGAUACAACAAGGGCGUCAGGAACACAACAAGAAGCUGAGGAAGUUUGAGCUAAAUCGCGAUGUGCUGCCAGAUGACCUUCAGAAGGCGAAGAAGAAGAUGGAGGAGGUGGUGAAGAAGGGACACGAGGAGGUUAAGCGCAUCAGCGAUGGCGCGAAGAGGGUGCUUGAGAGUCAGUAA